AUGCACAGUGACACAUUAGAUCUUGGAAGCAGAAGAAGAAUCCACUGCACCAUGAGACUCACCUGCUCUCUCUUACUCAUGGCAGUGUUCUGUGUGACACCUUUGCUCUGCCAUAGUCAAAUUGAUCCGCUGGCUCUAGGGCAGGCAGACCCUCAGUGCUGGGAAUCCUCCUCAGCUGUUUUACUAGAAAUGAGGAAGCCCCGCAUUUCUGACUCUGUCAGUGGCUUUUGGGACUUCAUGAUCUUCCUGAAAUCCUCGGAGAACUUGAAACAUGGAGCUUUGUUCUGGGACCUGGCUCAGCUCUUCUGGGAUAUCUAUGUGGACUGUGUUCUCUCCAGAACCCAUGGCCUGGGGAGAAGGCAGCUGGCAGAAGCUGAGCAGAAGACAGCAACUCUACGUUCUCAGUUCACAGGGAGAAACCAAGGGAUAUUUUCUCAUAUUCAGAGGUCACCAGUUCUGAAGAAGGACUCAUUUGAAGAUUUAAUAAGCAUCCAUAUAGAUAAGAGUAGAUAUAUAUUACUUGGAAGAAUCAUUGGAGAGCUAGGAAAAAAGAGGAAAUGA